AUGGAGCUGCUCUGGAUGUCCCUGUUGCUGGUGGCCUCUCGCGUCUCUGCUGUCCAGGACUCACCAAAGGUGGACACCCAGGAGGACGAUGAUGUCUUACCCCAGCUCUUGCACAUCCCAGAGGAAGGCAACCUGCUGGUGUUGACAUCUGCCGGCCUGACCCAGAUGCUGAACCAGACCCGCUUCCUCAUGGUGAUUUUCCACAACCCAUCCUCAAAGCGAUCCCGGAACAUGGCCGAGGAGCUGGGCAAAGCCGUGGAGAUCAUGGGCAAAGGCAAGAACGGGGUUGGCUUCGGCAAAGUGGACAUCACGGUGGAGAAGGAGCUCCGGCAGGAGUUCAACAUUACGAAGGCCCCGGAGGUGAUGCUGUUUUUUGAGGGCAACAGGUUGGAGCCCAUCAGCUGCAGAGGAGUGGUUGAGUCGACUGCGUUACUCGUUUGGUUGAGACGACAAAUUAGCCAGAAAGCGUUUUUGUUCACCAAUGCUAAGCAGAUGGUAGAGACUGUGAAAUCCAGGCCCCUGAUCAUCAUUGGCUUCUUCCAGGACUUAGAGGAAGAGGAAGCAGAAAUGUUCUUUGACAUGAUCAAAGACUUCCCCGAGCUAACUUUUGGAGCGAUAUCGAUUGGCAAUGCUGCCGGGCAUUUCCACGUCACCCUCAACAGUGUCCUGGUGUUCAAAAAGGGAAGAGUUGUGAACCGCCAGGAGCUUAUUAAUGACAAUAUCGACAAAUCAAUCCUCAAUCAAGUCAUCAAGCAACAUCUCACAGAUUUUGUUAUUGAAUACAACACUGAGAAUAAGGAUCUGAUUUAUGAAUUGAAUAUCCUGAAUCACAUGCUGCUCUUCACCUCCAAAAGCUCAGAGUCAUUUACUGCCAUAAUUCAGCAUUAUAAGUUGGCAUCAAAGGAAUUCCCGAACAAGAUUCUCUUCAUCCUCGUGAACACAGAUGAACCCAGAAAUGGGCGUGUCUUUGAGUACUUCCGGAUCACCGAGGUUGAUGUCCCAUCUGUCCAAAUCCUAAACUUAAGCUCUAAUGCGAGGUACAAAAUGCCUGCAGAAGAGAUUACGUACAAGAACCUCAAGAAAUUCGGCCGCAGCUUCCUGAAUGGAAGUGCCAAGAAACAUCAAUCCAGUGAAGACAUUCCAAAGUAUUGGGACCAGGGCCCAGUUAAGCAGCUUGUGGGAAAGAACUUCAACAUAAUUGUGUUUGACAAGGAAAGGGACGUGUUUGUGAUGUUCUAUGCACCCUGGUCUGAAAAGUGCACAGCGCUGUUCCCGCUGUUGGAGGAGUUGGGCAGGAAGUAUCAAAAUCACUCCACCAUCACCAUCGCCAAGAUGGACAUCAUGGCGAAUGACAUCCAGCUGAUGUACCUGGACCGGUACCCGUUCUUCAGACUCUUCCCCACCGACUCUGAACAGGCUGUAAUAUAUGGUGGAGAACAUACCGUGAAGGGCUUUUCUGACUUCCUGGAGAGCCAAAUCAAGACCAGGGUUGAGUAUGAGGAUGAGAUACUACCUGUCGAUCAAAGAGAAUUGAUAGAAGAGGACAUACUACCUGAGGAAGAGGAAGAGAAGGUAUAUUUUGAGGAAAAAGAGCUACCUGAACAUCAGUUGCCUGGGCUGGAGAACAUGACAAAGCUGGAAAGGGCAGCUGGGCAGAGAGAACCAGAGGAGGAGGAGGAGGAGGAGACUAAGCCAACGAGACUUCCGAGACGAGAGAAGAAACUAAAAGUCAAGGAGGAACUGUAG